AACAUGGCAAGCCCAGGUAAAGAUAACUUCAGAAUGAAAAGCUACAAGAAUAACGCACUUAAUCCCCAAGAAAUGCGCAGACGAAGAGAGGAAGAAGGAAUCCAGCUUCGGAAACAGAAAAGGGAAGAACAGCUGUUUAAACGCCGAAACGUUUCUCUCCCAGGAAAUGAAGAAUCUAUGGUAGAAAGUCCAAUUCAGGAUCCUGAUGUGAGCUCUACUGUACCUAUUCCAGAGGAAGAAGUUAUUACAGUAGAUAUGGUGCAGAUGAUUUUCUCGGAUGAUCCUGAUCAGCAACUCACAGCAACGCAGAAGUUCAGAAAAUUGCUAUCUAAAGAGCCUAAUCCACCGAUAGAUGAAGUCAUACAAAAACCAGGAGUAGUACAGAGAUUUGUGAAAUUUCUAGAGAGGAAUGAGAAUUACACUCUGCAAUUUGAAGCGGCAUGGGCUUUGACAAACAUAGCAUCUGGAACUUUUCUACACACCAAAGUUGUAAUUGAAACUGGAGCUGUUCCAAUUUUUAUUAAGUUGCUUAGUUCAGAACAUGAAGAUGUACAGGAGCAGGCAGUGUGGGCUCUUGGUAACAUUGCUGGUGAUAAUGCAGAAUGCAGAGACUUUGUUUUAAACUGUGGAAUAUUACCACCUCUCUUGGAACUGUUAACAAAUUCAAAUCGUCUUACAACAACUAGAAAUGCGGUCUGGGCUCUCUCAAAUCUCUGUAGAGGAAAGAACCCUCCUCCAGACUUCAGUAAGGUUGCUCCUUGCUUAAAUGUUUUAUCAAGACUGUUGUUUAGCAGUGACCCGGAUGUAUUAGCAGAUGCUUGCUGGGCCCUCUCUUACCUUUCAGAUGGUCCCAAUGAUAAAAUUCAAGCUGUUAUUGAUUCUGGAGUGUGUCGAAGAUUGGUAGAGUUGCUUAUGCAUAAUGACUACAAGGUGGUAUCCCCUGCAUUAAGAGCAGUUGGAAAUAUUGUUACUGGGGAUGAUAUCCAAACACAGGUGAUUCUAAACUGCUCUGCAUUACCCUGUCUCUUGCACUUGCUCAGUAGUCCCAAGGAAUCUAUUAGAAAAGAAGCGUGCUGGACUGUUUCUAAUAUUACUGCAGGAAACAGAGCUCAGAUUCAGGCUGUUAUAGAUGCAAAUAUUUUUCCAAUAUUGAUCGAAAUUCUUCAAAAAGCUGAAUUUCGCACCAGAAAAGAAGCAGCAUGGGCCAUAACUAAUGCAACAUCAGGAGGAACCCCUGAACAGAUUAGGUAUUUGGUAGCACUAGGUUGUACCAAGCCUCUGUGUGACCUCCUGACUGUGAUGGAUUCAAAAAUAGUACAGGUGGCUUUAAAUGGACUUGAAAACAUUCUGCGUCUUGGAGAACAAGAGUCUAAGCAAAAUGGAAUGGGCAUUAAUCCUUAUUGUGCCCUUAUAGAGGAAGCAUAUGGACUUGAUAAAAUUGAGUUUCUUCAGAGGCAUGAAAACCAAGAGAUAUACCAAAAGGCUUUUGAACUCAUAGAACAUUACUUUGGUGUCGAAGAAGAGGACUCCAGUAUUGCACCUCAGGUGGAUGAAAGUCAGCAGCAGUUUGUGUUUCAACAGCAGGAGGCUCCAAUGGAGGGGUUUCAGCUGUAAACUAUUGAAGCGAAGACAAGCAUAAAAUGUAAACACUUGUAGGGUUUUGGUUUUUUUUCCCCCAGAGGUCUUUCCUUUACGGCCAAAGUUAGAGGAAAAGUUGAAUAUGUUUUGCAGAAAUAGAUGAAGCAGCUCAUGCACUUUUAUAUAUUGUGAUAGAUACAACUGUUCUUUGUUUUGUAUUUGUGUUUUUCAUUAUCUCUUGUGUACAGAAAACAACUGUGAGUAAUCAUGUCUAAAGUAAAGCAUUAAAUGUGAUUUAACAAGAACUGUUAAGCUAAGACUUGGUAGGAUUUUUAGGUAGUGGUUCUGAAUUUUUCAUGUAGUCUCAAACUGCAUAUCAGCAAUACAGUUACUGACAGUUGCAUUUUUGGCAGUAGGCUUGACUUGCCCAGUCUCUAUCAAUCUACCUCUUGUAUUGAAGCAAAAACAUUGCUUCGGAACUAAAGGCAUGAAAUAAAGACAAGCUUGUAAGAAGCUGAAUUGGAAUGUGAAAAAUAUUUAUUUAAAUUGUGAAACUUUUAUGCAUUACUUACUUUACAACACACUGUUGGAAUUUAUUUAUAAAAUGUAUUUAAUAGAUAUAUAAUGCUAAUUACCUAAUAUAAUAUUGAAUAUAUGAAAAAGCUUUUUCUGAAUUAUGUGGGAAGAGGACUGUUUCAGAGGUUUUCAAAUUGGAAUCAGCAGAGAGCUUGCUGGUCAUUUGAUGUUGGCUCUGUAAUGAAAGCUGCUAAAUGGCGUUAAAAGUCAGCCACAAAUACAGUACUUUGCAGUGGAAGCAGUUGCUGUAGUUACCAGAAGAAUGCUGCGAUUAUGAAUGACAGAGAUGGUGAUUUGCAGAAGUCGCCAAGCAGAUGGUUUACAGCUGUCUCCUGUCAAAAUGUGGUAACACCACUUCAGUUUGAGAAACAUUGCAAUGUUUGCCUUUCUAGUACAGUAGCUUCUUAAAAGUUUAGACAGUAGAUGUUAUUUUUUUGACCAAAUACGCUGCCGCCACUUGAAUUGUUCUUUAAGUUAACUGACUUUGGUUUUCUUUUGGUAAGACGAUAGAAAUACUGCAGUGAAGAAUGAAUAGUAAAUCGCUCCUUUCCAGUUGAAG